GGAAAAGCAUUUUGCAGACUUAAAAUAAGUGUAGAACAUUUUCUCUUCCUCGCUAAGAGAAGAUCCUUGAAUUUCUCUCUCAAGAGUUUUUUGAGCUUGCGAAGAACGAAGCAGCGAUCUCUCGAAUCGCGGAAUCGAUCAAAUCAAUUUACCUUUUUUCAGUGAGUAGAUUUUGGGUUUUAACUUUUGGGAUAGAAAUGGGAUCGAUUUGCGAAUCUGCACCGACGGCGAACUCUUCGUCUGCAUCUACGGCGGUGAUGAGCUCGAUUCCGCCAUUUCUGAGCAAAACCUACGACAUGGUUGACGAUCCAUCGACCAACGACGUGGUGUCUUGGAGCAGCGGGAGCAACAGCUUCGUCGUCUGGAACGUGCCUGAGUUCGCCAAACAGUUUCUGCCCAAGUACUUCAAGCACAACAAUUUCUCCAGUUUUGUCAGGCAGCUCAAUACUUAUGCUUGUUUGGACAUGUGCUCAUAUGUGUCUGAAGAUUUGGUUGCCUCAGCAGUACAUGCCGAUACACUAAGAACUAUUAGUUUCGUUGAACCAAUGGUAGUUUUGGUGCUGCGGUUAGACGCAGUGGGUUUCAGAAAAGUCGAUCCAGAUCGCUGGGAAUUUGCAAAUGAGGGAUUUUUAAGAGGCCAAAAGCAAUUGCUAAAGAGUAUUGUCCGGCGAAAACCUGCUCAAGUGCAGCCUCAACAGCAGCCUCAAGUUCAGCACUCGUCUGUUGGUGCGUGCGUUGAAGUGGGGAAGUUUGGACUCGAAGAAGAAGUGGAGAGACUCCAGAGGGAUAAGAACGUCCUCAUGCAAGAACUUGUGAGGUUAAGGCAGCAACAACAGGUCACCGAACAUCACCUGCAAAACGUGGGGCAGAAAGUUCAUGUGAUGGAGCAGAGGCAGCAGCAAAUGAUGUCGUUUCUAGCAAAGGCUGUCCAGAGUCCAGGUUUCUUAAACCAGUUUGCGCAGCAGAACAGUGACGCAAACCAAAACAUAUCCGAGGGCAACAAAAAGAGGAGGCUUCCUGUUGAGGAUCAGACGAGUUCCGGCAGCCACGGGGUUAAUGGUCUUAGCCGCCAGAUUGUGAGAUAUCAGUCAUCGAUGAACGAAGCCGCAAACACUAUGCUCCAACAGAUACAAGACGUGAGCAACUCACAUAGCCGCCACGAAUCCUUUCCCAACCAUCACGGUAGCUUUCUUUUGGGCGAUGUUCCAAAUCCUAACCUCUCAGACAAUGGGAGCUCCUCAAAUGGAGCAUCUGGAGUUACAUUGGCUGAUGUUUCAUCCAAUCCUGCACGCUCAUACCCAGCAACCAAGUAUCACGACCCUUGUGAAGCAAAUCAAGUCCUGGAGGCCAAUUUUCCUUAUUCUCAAGCUGAUCUGUUAGCUCCGAAGCAAGGAGCAACAGCUUCAGGGAGCCCAAAUUCGGACAUAGUUGGAUGCGAGACAGAUAAUGGAGAGUGUCUGGAUCCAAUAAUGGCUGUUCUGGAUGGGUCAAUGGGACUUGAAGCCGAUGGCAUAAAUGAGUUGCUUCCUGGAGUCCAAGAUUCGUUGUGGGAACAGUUCUUUGGUGAGAGCCAAGUGAUUGGUGGUGACACGGAUGAGCUAAUCUCAGGAUCAGUGGAAAAUGGACUGAUAAUGGAGCAGCUAGAAUUACAAGCCAACCUGAGGAAUGUGUUGAGCAACAAUCAACAAAUGAACCAUCUUACUGAACAGAUGGGACUUCUCACAUCAGACGCGCUGAGAAAAUGAGAUACACCCACAAAAUCAUCAUCUUCCCUCACGAGAUGUACAAGAUGAUGGGUUAAAGAUUUUAGGGAGUCGCAGCAACUAAAGGAUAUGAUGACGAAAGGAAGGAUGUAGUGUAUGUAUGUAUCAAACUGGUGUAACUCUCAUUCUUGUCAAUGUGUAAUAAAAUAAGAGAAAUGUGGCCUUGUGAUUUUUGCAUUAUAUAUAUAUAUGUACUUUGGAGAGAAAUCACUGAUCUUGUUCGAUAAUACACUUAAUUGGAACGUGAAAUCAAACGGA